AUGAUGUGCGUGGAUGUGGAUGAAUGCAGAGAUGAUAGCAUGGAGACGUGCUCCAAGGAUCCUCCAGUGAAAUGUAUCAAUACGAUUGGCUCAUAUGAAUGCGCACCAUGUCCGCCGGGAUACAAGGGUGAUGGCCGCACUUGUACGAAGCAAAAUCCAUGCGAGCUCUCGCCAUGCUAUCCCAAAGCCAAAUGCUAUAAUAUGGGAAUGAGCUCGCUGAAUGAGGAAGGCUUUCGUUGUGAGUGCCCGGCAGGCAUGAUCGGAGACGGCAUCGGUGCGGAGGGCUGUUAUCACUCGAACGCAACAUUAUGUCGCAGUGACACCUGCUUCAAUCAAGGAAGCUGCCAGGUGCUCUCAGAGAAGGAGUACAAAUGCCACUGUCGAUGGGGCUACGUAGGCAAGCGCUGCGAAUUAGCGACUGCUUGCCUCAGUAACGUCUGCAGAGGUCGCGGAGAAUGUCUUGUGAAGGCUGAUGGCUCAUUUGAGUGCCUCUGCUUAAGAGGUUAUUAUGGUACUACUUGUGAACAUGAAGAAGACGGCUGUGGCGGUCAUACGCAGAAUACGACGGGGACAAUUAAAUAUCCUGACUGGACAUGGUACCACUUUGGUCGGAAUAAAACAUGCGAAUGGGUAAUCAUUGCCAAUGAGCCCAGAAAGAUAAUCGAGAUGAACUUUACAAGUUUUCAUUUGCCAACCAGAACUGCGACAUGCGCCAGUGCUGAUGCAAAUGUGACGCUACGGGAUGGGCAGUACGCAAACAGCCCGUUAGUCGGUGUCUUCUGCGGUCCACGUGGAUCUCUAACAGUACCAGUGUCUCGUCCCAUCUACUUUUCAUCAAACAAGGCAUACAUCGCAUUCGUAUCCGGCAUAAGCAGCAUCGGAAUUGGAGGCUUCUCACUGGAGUGGAGAACCGUUGAAAAGAAAUGCGGAGGGCGGCUGUACAGUGAUGAAGGGCAGAUCUCAUUAUACGGUUAUGAAAGAAGAGAAACAUGCCAGUGGCACGUCACUGUAGAUCCACAGAUGCACAUUGAAAUCACAGUUGAACCGAUGAAACUUGGCACAGGAGAUAUUCGAAACUGUUCGGUCAACUCUCUCGAGCUGUUUGACGGUCUUGAAAUUGAUGAAACCGAACGCAUAUUGCAUUUAUGCAGCAGCGAAUCAACACGGACAUUGGUACGCACAACACUGCCAUAUUUCACGGCUUACUUCAAGAGCGAUUUCCCGCUCGACUUUCCAGAAGAACGCUGUGAUGGAGAUCCCCUUUGCAGUCGCGGUUUUACUAUUCGCUACAGAACUAUUAAAUGUUAG